GAGCUGCGCGCGGUGGGCGGGGCCGGAGGCGGGGCGACGCUGAAACUUCAGACACGCCGAGACUUGAGCAUCACUCGAGGAAUAAAGGACUGAAUUAAAGACACUAUGAAACUCUGUUACCUGCUUCUGCUGUCAGUGCCAGGUCUGGUUCUGGCUCAGGAUCAGAACUACGAUGAUUAUUUAGACAUCUUUGGUAACAGCAACAGUUAUGAUCCGUACUUCUAUCCAGCCGUUUCUCAGCAGGUUUUACAAGCUCAGACCGCGGGACCAGGACAGACCGCGGUGGAUUUCCAGACGGAGCCGACUGAACCUGGACCGCUGGACUGUCGUGAGGAACAGUAUCCCUGCACUCGUCUCUAUUCUGUCCAUCAGCCGUGUAAACAGUGUCUCAACAGCAUCUGCUUCUACAGUCUGCGGAGGGUUUAUGUGAUAAAUAAGGAGAUCUGCGUGAGGACGGUGUGCGCCCAUGAGGAGCUGCUGAGAGCGGAUCUGUGUCGCGAUCAGUUCUCACGCUGCGGUGUAGUUGCACUCAGUGGCCAGUGUGGGGCGAUGGGCGGCAGCUGCGCCAAGAGCUGCGGAUCCUGUUAAACACACACACACACUAGCCCUGGUACUGCUAUCAGAUGCUUUAGGACAAAAAUAUCUUCUACGCAACUAUGCAAACACAAUGCUAGUGUGCGGAGCCGUUAUACAUACAUAACCUCAGAGUUUACUAUAAACAUCUCGAUAGUUUAACUUACCCAGCAAGAUUGUUCUCAGACUGUCACUCCUUGAUUGAGCUGAAAAAAAAAGUGACCAUAGAAGAAGACAUUUUGCGCUAAUGCCCACUAUAGCACCCCUUGUGGCAACACAUACUUGCGACCUGACGCAUUUCAGAACGCAACGAUUUUUUGUGUACUUGCGUAGAGUGUUUCAGACCUAAAUCCAUCAGACACUUUCCUCUUCUCAUAUAUUCUCCAGCAGCAUCUGAUGUUUUCUGGACUCAUGUAAACUGAUAUUUACUGUAAUAAUCUGAAUAUUUGACCUGUAUGUCACCACUGGUGCUGUUGUAUCUGUUACACUGGUGCAGGAGGAACAGAGAUGUCACGUUUUUUGUAUUAUUACUGUUUGUCGUCCAGUGCUGUUGUUGUUUACUUGUUUACUUUGUCUUGGGGUGAGUUAUACUGAACCCAGACUCAAACCCUCACACCUGAUCUCAGGUCAGAGGUCAAAGCCUGUAAGCACUGACCCAGCUAGCAGUCUCAGAACUUUAGCUAACGUUCUGGCAAGAUCUCUCAAAGUUAUGAAAAUACAAAUUAUUCCAGUAAUGUUAAUAGAAUGUUUGUUCAAAGUUAUCUGGUCAUUUAUAAUGUUCUUAAAACAUCAACACAAAAACGUUUUAUUUGGACGCUCAUUUAAGUUUUUUUUUUAUUUUUUUUUUUAUAAAUGUUACUAGUUUCAGAACGUUCAGAGAACAUUGAAAAGUAACGUUCCCAUAAUGUUUACAGAAUGAUAAAAUGGAAUGUGCUCUUAACGUUCACAUAACCAAGAAAAAACGUUUAAAAAACUGAAUGUUUUGAACAUUCAGAAGUUUUUCUAUAACUUAAUGGGAACGUUAGCAUAACGUUUAUAGAACAUUUUAGUUAGCUGGGGAUCGCUACUGAACGUAGACAACUCAGUCUGGGUUCUGCUUUAAUAUACUCACCAUUUACUGUAAUAUUAGCUGUUCCAAACAAAAUUUUGCGAUUCUAUUAAUAAACAUUUUUGUACUGUA